AUGCUCGCUGUGUUCGACAGGGCGGUGGCGCCGAGCCCGGAGGGGCUGCGGCAGCCGGGCGAGGCCGGGCACGGCGCGGACGGGCUCGCUGCCCGGUUCCGGGAGGCCCGCACCGGCGCGGUCACCGUCGACUUCGGCGGCGGUGGCGCCAUGGCCUACUCUUCCCACGGCCAGAGCCCCUUCCUCCCCAGGUUGUUCGGCGUCGUCGACGACAUAUUCUGCCUGUUCCAAGGCGCGAUCGAGAACAUGGCUGUGCUGAAGCAGCAGUACGGGUUGAGCAAGAGUGCCACUGAGAUCAACCUCGUCAUUGAGGCCUACAGAACCCUGAGGGACAGGGGACCUUACCCUGCAGACCAGGUCGUGAGGGACUUCAAUGGCAAAUUCGCGUUUGUGCUGUAUGAUCGCUCCACCAGUUCGGUCUUCAUGGCUGCUGAUGCUGAUGGUGGCGUCCCGUUUUACUGGGGAGUUGAUUCAGAGGGUCAUCUUGUAGUGUCCGAUGACGAUGAAGUUGUGAAGAACGCUUGUGGAAAAUCUUUCGCACCGUUCCCCAAAGGUUUCUUCUUCACGACGUCCGGGGGUUUGCAGAGCUACGAGCAUCCCCUGAACGAGGUGAAGCCGGUGCCAAGGGUCGACAGCAAAGGGGAAGUAUGCGGCGCAACUUACGCGGUCGAUGAACAGGCCAAGAAAGAUACCGCCGGCAUUCCCCGUGUUGGCAGCGCUGCAGAUUGGUCUUCCCAGUACUGA